AUGGCUGGAAACCUUGACAGCGCAAGGAUUCUCUUGAGACGAGGAGGCGCAGUAAGUCUAAGUACCAGCGACGCCUACGGGUGGACUCCAGUCGCAUGGGCUUGCGCCUACGGAUGGACCUUUCUUUUAGAAGAAAUGGUCACUAUGGCCGGUGAUCAACGACUGUGGGAUUUCGAAGUGACCGUGUGUCUUAGGGACUACGGCACCAGCCCGUACAACUACACACAGGCGAAAGCCCUACAUAUUGCGACAAUAGGGUCGGCAGAGACGGUAGCCUAUCUUCUCAAUCAGGAGUACGCGAUUGAUCUUGAUAUCACUACAUCGGAUGGGACGACUGCACUACACAUAGCCACACUUCUUGGACAACACGAUUCGAUCACCCUUCUCGUAUCCCGGGGUGCAAAUAUUGAUGCCCAGGAUCAUCAUGGCUUUACAGCCCUCCACAUGUCCAUACAUCAUCAUAACGAGUCGGUCACAGCAUUGUUGCUGAAAUUGGGUGCAAAGCACCUGAAGAGCAAGAAUGGCAAGACUCCGUUAGACAUGACCGCGUUUAGAAGUAAGAACAUCAUGCGAAUGGUUCAGGACUCCAUCCUGGGUGCAGCAGCCACUGGCAAAGGUAUGACUGCUCAAGAGAGGCACGUGAAAGCCACAGUAUUGGCGGGCUCCAUGAAGUAUGCAAUUGACAGAGAUGAUGAAGAGGAUGUCGAGAAGCUUCUCGAUGGAGGAUGCUCGCCUAACAUUACCAUGAGGUCUUGUCGAACCUGCACCCCUCUUCUCUAUGCUUUGGGAAAGAAUGACGUCUCUGAACGCUGUGUUUCAGUUCUCAUCAGUCGAGGAGCAAGCUUCAAGGGAAUGACUUGUCGUCGUCAUGGCAAUAUUACACGGUACUACACGGUGGGUUGGCAAAGGGGCUCAAAGAUUUACGAUGACAGUGGCAGUUCAUCAACGUCUGAUUCUUCAUCCUCCUCAUCUGAGGGCAGCAAUUCAGAUGAUCAAGCGUGGCCUAUUAAUGGUUUCACAACACUUGAUUUGUUCAUGGAAGGCGGGAGACCCGAAGAGACUCUCCUUACCUAUCUAGAAGCUAUUCCCCCGGCAGAACUUAUUUGGCUCGUGAAUAAUUCGACCCCAGCACACCAGGCCAUUAAAAGAAAGUCCAGCGAUCCAUUAGCGGUCUUACUCUCACAUUUGAAGCGAGUUAAGUCUUCUCUCGGUGGCAAUGUGGCGAAGGAAGUAGCUAGACAGUCCAAAGGCGAUAGCGGCAACACUCCUUUACAUCGAGCGGCAAUCAAAAAGAAUGUGGUCGCGGCGAAGCUGCUUAUUGCGCAUAGAGCGGACCCAGACGCCGCUAAUUCAUCCGGCAUGGCCCCUCUGCACAUGGCGGCGGAUCAUGACGAUGCCGCGAUGGUAGGGUAUUUACUCGACCAAGGUGCUUCGAUCGACAUCAGAGACUACCGAGGUCGCACAGCACUCCAAACAGCUAUCCUUAAAGACAACAUCCAAGCGAUGGAAGUCCUGCUAGACAGAGGGACGCGAAUUAACGUCAAUGAUGGAGGCAACAGUUUCAUUUUCCUGGAUGAAAUCAAGCCAUUCCACAUGCUGCUGGCGACAGGCAUGAAAGUCAAUCAGCCAGGGGCCCUGGGCCUCCCUGUCUGGUCGUCUGCCCUGGUCAAGGUCGAGAUAGCGACAUUUCUUCUCAAUUCGGACUUUGCCCGAGACAUUGAUAUCGAUCCUCAAACGAUGUCGUCGAUGCCUCCCACUAUUCUACCGGCGCCUGGGCCCUACCUUCUUGCGACGGCUGGGUCAGUUUCAAGACACAACGAGUGA